AUGGCUCGCCUGCGACGUGACACGCUUUCAACAUCCAGUACAACCCACUCCCCAACGUCCACCUACGUCAACCCGCCUAUGCCAAGUCCAUCGAUCUCCAAACCAUUUCGUAUUUUUUCGACAGGGACGAUAUUCUUGACGUAUUCGCUGGAUCUUUGCUCGCAUCCAGUUCCGGGUACUGCGUCUCGGGCACAAGCAGUCACCAUCGCACGUGGCGGUAGCGCUGGACAUAUACUUGGUUUUUUGGCAGCGCUUCCUGCUGCUGUGGAACCCAUGCUCAUCGCGAGUUUGGGCGCGUCGCCCGACGGAAUUCGACUGCGAGAUGAGCUAGAGACAGGUGGAGUGCGCACAAAAUACUGUAAACCCUGGCCUGGCCUCGGUGUUCCAUCUGCAUGGGUAAUGCAUGCCCGUGAUACUGGUGAAAGAACUGUUAUAAAUCACAAUCCACUUCCAGAGGUGUCCCAUGAAGACUUCAUUGCCUUGUUGGGCCCUGUUCUUGCACCGGAGAACUACGUUGGCAUUUCCCAUCCACAACUACCUCAACCACCUUCGCCCGCUGCCGUCUUCCCAAAUGCAUUUGUUUCUACUCCACCACCGAGAAAUAGUUUGUCUUCCAGACCUGCAACAGCCCCCGCAGGGAGCACCGCUCCACAUAUGGCGAUCGUACCCACUCAAAGUUCACUCUCGCCAGCGCCUUUUGACUGGAUGCAUUUUGAAGGACGGAGUAUCAAAACCACGCUCUCCAACAUUCUUGGAGUAGACGGUCUUGCACGUGAGCGAAAGUGGCGAGCACAUUGUGUUCUCAGCGUGGAUCUCGGCCGAAGGGCACGAGAAGGUGUCGAAGCUCUCAUCCCCCACGCAGACGUCAUCUUCCUUUCAGCGCAAACAUUUCCCUCGCUCUCUAAUCCCCAGUUUAACGCUGUCAACCCUGGCCCACCUUCUCCGCGCGCUAUCCUCCUUGCGCUCGCACGACACGCAUCUCCACACGCGCUCCUUGUAUUAUACGGAGGUGCCCUUGGUUCAGCCCUCCUCUCCCUUCCCACUCGUGAAUACCUCCAAUCCUCUUCCUGGUCUCCACUCCCGAUGGGCAGAUCCCAUGCACACACCAACUCCAACUUACACUCCAUCAUCUCCACCGCUGAGGGUGUCGAGAGCGUGCGCAGCGGCUCAGAAUUUUGGGCUGGCCGCCGCAGCCCCGACUCAAGCGGGUUCACCAUGGGUGAUAACCCCUCACCUGCCCGAAAUCGUGACAGCGGAUACUCAGAAGACCACGACGACGAGCCAAGAAGGCGCACGUCAUCGGCGGGAGAAUCCUUCCACCCACUUGAUGACGACGACGACGAAGAUGAUGCAAGGUCUACGCAUACCACCCGCGGGACAUCCUUGCCCCACUCACCUCCCAACCCUCAUCUUCGCACUAACGGUCAUGGCCACGACCACGCACAUGCACGUCCUCCCCAGCACGUACAGAGCUCUAUACCCGUGCAGCCUCCGCCGCCGCCUUCGGAGGACCUUCAAGAUGAAGAGGGCGCGCAUUCCGCGUUCAUCGCGGGGAUGAUCUGGUCCCUCAGCAGGCGCACUCUUCCGGGGGCGCCAUAUACCCCCGUGCAAGCGGAGGAGAAGGAAUUAGACGUCACUGCGCGGUGGAGGCUUGACGAGUGCCUGCGAUUUGCAACGGAGUGUGCGGGGCGCAAGGCUGGCGGAUGCGAGUGGGGAAACUUGGCUGUGGAGAUGAGAGACGUGGGGUGGUUUGAUUGA